AUGGAUAUCAAACAUAUUAAGAGCCUUCUUGCAGAGACGUCGGCUUUGAUUGAUGAGUUUGAAUCGACAAAUGGUGAUGGCUCCAGAGUUGAAGCGCAGGAGAAGGCUACACAGCUGGCGCGUGCUCUGGAAAUACCUCGACUUGCUAUCCUCAAGUUAGCCUUCUCUCCCGUGACUUUCAUGGCUGUAAUGGCGGCUCAUCAUAUGGACAUCUUCUCUGUCCUGGGAGUCGCAGACUCACCAGUCCCACUAGCCAAAUUGGCAGCCCCAAAGGCAGCAGAUCCUGUUCUUAUUGAGCGUAUCUUGCGGGUUUUGAUAGCCAGUGGAUUUGCUGAAGAGCCAAGCCCAGGUGAAUACUUGCCCACCGCACUAUCUAAAGAGAUGACGCUGAGGCCUGCAAUUGGAAUCGUGGAUUCGAUGUUCAAUGAAGGCCUUCCUCCAUUACAGAAAACUCCAGAAUAUCUUCGAAUGAUCAGCUAUCGUAACCCAGAUGACUCAGUGUUAACGCCGCUACAAUACACUAAUAGCAUCAUGAUAGACGGAUUUACCUGGCUUGCUCAAAACCCGGAAUCUUUGACCCGAUUCAACAGUUUCAUGGAAGGACACUUGGGGAAUCGACCGGACUGGGGUGAUUGGUUUCCCGUUCAAGAACAGCUUUUGGAUCAUGCGGAUCUGAAACCAGAUGCACCAUUUCUGGUGGAUAUUGGUGCUGGCCGAGGACAUGAUUUGGUUGCAUUCAGAAAGAAGUUCCCAGAUAUACCCGGAAGAUUCAUUCUAGAGGACCUUCCGCAUGUCCUUGAAGAAAUUCGUGGAGUGCAGGAUUUGGAGAAAGCUGGCAUUGAGACUGUGCCAUACAACUUCUUUACUGACGUUCAGCCAGUUCAAGGUGCCCGCGUAUACUUUUUCAAGCAUGUGUUGCACGAUUGGUCUGACCACAAAGCGACAAUCAUUUUAAAUUACCUUAAACCAGCCAUGAAACGUGGAUUCUCCAAAAUCAUCAUGGAAGAAUAUAUCUUCCCCGAUCGGAAUGUGCGUUCUCUUUCUUGUCUAACGGAUCUGGCUGUAAUGGUGUGGUUCUCAGGCAUGGAAAGAACUCGUCAGCGUUGGAUCGACCUGCUCGAGUCGGCGGGCUUGCGCAUUUUGAAGUUCUGGAUUCGUGAGGGUGAUGAUCUAGGGAUCAUUGAAGCUGAGCUAGCAGAAGAUUAA